AUGGGAAGGAAAAACAUUUCUUCCGUUAGACGUGUCUCGAACAGAGGAGACAAGCCUGUAAAUUCAGAACAUGCACCUAUUAUUAGAAGUGUGGAGAAGAAACCAUCAUCUCCUGUAAGGGAAGCAUUCAAGAAGCUUUACUCAAACUGUGAUAAUGAUGAGUCUGUUUGGGUGCCUGGUCCCAAUGCCGUUAUUAAAUUUAUGGCAUCUCUUCGACUUUGCUCGGCAAUGUGGGGAAUAAUAGGAGAUUGUGAUGAAGUGUACAAUUAUUGGGAGCCUUUACAUCUUUUAACAUAUGGAGAAGGUUUCCAGACAUGGGAGUAUUCCCCAUUAUAUGCAAUAAGGUCUUACCUCUACAUAUACUUACACUACAUCCCUGCGAACAUUUUCGCUCAGAUUUUUCCAACUUCUAAGAUCGCCGUUUUUGUUUGCAUGAGAUGCGUUCUAGGAAUAGCUUGUCUAUCAGCGGAAUACAUUCUUUUUAGAGCAUUAUGUGAAAGACUAGGUAAUAGUAUUGGUCGUUUCUAUGUACUACUCUCUAUCCUCUCUGCUGGAAUGUUUAUUUCUAGUACUGCAUUUUUACCUUCAACCUUUGCAAUGGUCAUGAACAUGCUUGCCAUCGCCUAUUUCCUGAGGGAACAAUGGCUUGCAGCGAUCUACUUCACUGCUUGUGCUGCCUUGGUGGGAUGGCCUUUUGCAGCAAUGCUUGGUUUGCCCAUCGUGGUGCAUAUGGUUUUCAUCAAGCCGAAAGAUCUUGCUGUACAAUUUGUAUAUUACGCUCUUCUUUCGGGACUUGUCAUCUUGUCUCUCUUGUUCACUACUGACACUUACUACUACGGAAAGCAUGUUCUUGCUCCAUUGAACAUUGUUUUGUACAAUGUGUUCUCAGGACACGGUCCCGAUUUGUAUGGCGUUGAACCAUUAUCGUUUUAUAUCAAGAAUCUCCUACUUAAUUGGAAUAUUGCUAUUGUUUUCGCCCUGUUAUCAGUUCCUCUGUGUGCUAUAGCUUUGUUGAAAUCCAAGAAGAAGUCGGUAAAUGAGAAAUGUGUUUUGGGAUUAAAUUCUACGUUUUGGAGAAGCAUAUCUCCAGUCCUGCUGUUAUUCUUGGGUCUUUUCGCUUGGUGCCUCGUGUUUUUCACUCAGCCACACAAAGAGGAAAGAUUCAUGUUCCCUAUUUAUCCAUUGAUCGCUAUCUUCGCAGCUAUUGGUCUCGACGCAACACAAAGAAUUUUAUCUCCUUAUUCAAACACCCUCAAACAAUGUGUGUGGCUUGUCGUUGUGCUGUUCACCUGUCUUUCCAUAUCCAGAGCUUAUGCUCUCCAGAAUAACUACGGAGCUCAUAUUGAAGUAUAUAAAAGUCUGAACGAGCAUCUGUCUGUUGUUGAACCCAAGCGAGACUUCGGUGGACGAGCGGAUCCAAUCCGUGUAUGUGUAGGAAAGGAAUGGCAUCGUUUUCCAUCCUCUUUCUUCUUACCUGAGAAAAUUCAGGACAGAACCAACAACACAAGAAAAGUUAAGCUGUUCUUCUUGAAAAGUGAGUUCCGUGGUCUGUUGCCCAAGUACUAUCCCAAAGGAAAGCUUCCGCUUAUCACAAAAGCGAUACCUACGGAGAUGAACGAUUUGAACAAGGAAGAGACCAGCAGAUAUGUGCCUUUCGACUCCUGUGAAUACCUUGUAGAUUUGGAAGUGCCAGAAGAGUUUAAUACGAAGUUAGAACCAAAUUACGGACUAAGAACUGAUGUCUUGGAUAAAAUAGCUUGUCAUCCCUUUAUGAUUCAAUCAAAAUCUCACUGGAUGUACCGAGCUCUCUAUGUGCCAUUCCUUUCUUCGAAAUAUUUAACCUUUGGCUCUUACUGCUUGUACCAAAGAUUGUAA